AUGCCUCGCGGUGGUAGCAAGGUGGGCACUGGCGGCGGCCGUGGUCGCGAUCGCGGUCGCGGUCGUGGUCGUGGUCAUGCCGCCUCCGAUUCUACGCCAGCUUCUGUGACAUUUGAAGACCCUGCACCUCACGUCAGCUCCCCAUCUCAGCAGGACCGAGAACUACUCACAAACCCUCCCUUACUGACACAAUCCAAUGGCCGUGAGAGUGGCCAUGGGCGUGUUCAUGGUCCUGAAGCCUCGUCUCCCACUCACCCGUCUUCCGAAGACUCUCCAAUAGACAACCCUGGAGGCUCCAGAUUCACUGAGGACACAGGCAAGCACGUCACGAUAUCCUCUGUAAAACUUCAUACCCGGGCCAAACAGUCACGACGGUACGAGAAACAAAAUACACAUCAUAUAUUCGACUAUAUCCAUACCUACAACCAGCGCACUCAUAUGUAUGGAACCCGCUCCAGCAAUAUCGACAGGAAUCCCGGCCUCUAUCCAGGUCUCCAAUGGCAGCAAGACAAGACCGACGACGAAAGAAGGGUCGCUGACAGUCAAGCCAAGGUCGACGAGGCUGCGAAGCGUAAGGCCACCAGGACUGCCCAGCAACAACGAGAGGAGGCUGGCUCACGUCGCCUAGCCACUCUCGAGGAUGCACGAUAUCUAGAAGAACGGGAAGAAGAAGCUUACCUCAAAAGAACCACAGCAUCUCGCUACCAGUUGCGACGCGAAGGCGCUUCAAGCGCGCCUACAACCAUUGCCGGCGCGCCUAUGGAAGUUGACGACCGAGGGAUUGGCCAUCCCGGUUUCCAAGGUGCAUCUGCAGAGUUGUAUGAGGAUCGAGGAGAUGAGUAUGAGGACAGCGGUUCUGAAGAUGAUGAGACGCAGCCUUCUCAAGUCCGGCGCAAGGUAAGGCGUCGCGAGGAAGUCCUUGAGAAAAUAUCGAGGUCCCGCCGGCUCAAUGUUGAAGGGGCGCACAGUCCAAGCGUGAAGACCCCUGCCAAGCGACCCACAGAGGACGUUGAAGGGGGGAAGAGACCGCCAAUGAAGCCAGCUGUCAGCGCGUUCAAUGAUGAUUGGUCGCCCAUCUCGACACCAGCCUCACGGGCAUCAUCUGUCGCCCACCCACCCUCAUCCUCCAACUCCUGCCCUUCGUCUGUCUCUCGUACACCCUCGCGUGCUGGCUCACAAGCUCUUAGUUUUGCAACUGGUAAUUGGAAAUCUGUUCUGCUGGGCACAUUAGGCAUGCGCGCAACGCUCCAUGGGGCCGGCGGGCUCGAGGGCCAGGUCUCGCAGGGCAGCAAGACAUCAAAGUCCGGAACAGUCGUUCUUGAGGAGGAGGAGAUUGGUGGCUUGCAAGAUGACGAUAUUGAGGUUGCGCCACCUACAGGUACCUCUGAUUCUGUCGGCAGCUGGAGUACCUCAAUCGUGGAGUUCCACGGUGAGGUUUCUAGCCUCACGAAAUCGAAGUGCACAGCCAAGAAAGACGUGCCGGAAGAUCAGUCACUCUCGGCAGACAAUCUCCCUGCAUGGAUCAAGCCCGCGUGGCCGCAAAUUUCUGCAUCCCUCUGCGCGUUCUACGGUGCUGAGCAAAACCCAUGGAUGUUGGACCGCAAUGAGCAAGACCCGGCACAUAUUGAUAACGUAUUUCAGGUACUUGUUGACGCGCUCUGCCCAGAGAAGCAUUAUGUUGUCGACUCCAGUGAUCAAGCUUUCAAAGUUGUGAGUCUCCCUCUGCUCAUUCCCGAUCCAGCAUGCUCGCCAGACUGUAUAUAA